AUGCCUCAGAAAUCAAGAAAGGCUAUGACUCCACAACCCACAAAGAGUAAGAGACUCCAGAACCAGAAGAAAACCCCAAAGUCUGUUCCUCCACCAAAAAGAAAGGCUUUUAUAGACAAAGAUGAAGUGCCAUCCAGCAGGAAGGCUAUGAAAGCAAAGCUUUUCACCAAACCACAAAAGGCUGGUUCAGAGUCUGAUGAACUUGAUUCAGAUGAAAUAGAAGAGGAAAUGCCAGUAUUAAAAGCUGGACAAAAGAGGAAAGGGGGAGAUGGACAGAAGUCAUUGGCUAAAACGCCCAUACAAGGCAAGAAAUCGCCUGGGCUGAAAAAUAUCACACCUGCUAAAAGUGGAGGGAAGAAACAGAAGAUUGAGGUUGAUUCAGAUGAAGAUGAUGAUGAUGACGACGAUGACAACAGUGAUGAAGAUGAUAUGGAGGAGGAGGAUGAAGAUGUUGAAGAUGACGAUAGUGAAGAAGAUGACAGCGAUGAAGAUGAGGAUGAAGAUGACGUUGAAAAGGAAAUACAAACAUCACAGAAAAUACCUAAGCAAAAAGUAUCCACUGAAAAGGCAGCUCCCCCAAAAGCUAAGCCCACUUCUACGAAUGUUUCCAAGCCAGUCGUUCUUUCCUCAGAUCUGUCCACAGCCCAAAAGGAAGAAGAUAAAAGAAGAGAAAUAAGGGACAGGAAAACUCUGUUUGUUAAACAUCUGCCUAGUGCUUGCACAGUUGAAGACUUGGAGAAACUCUCAUCAGACAUAGUCGAAGUUCGUCUGAAUGUUGGCAAGAAGGGCUGCAGGGGGUUUGGCUUCUUAGAGUUUGCAGAUGAGAAGACAGCAGAAAAAAAUUUCAAACUUCUGGCGAAGUCCAAAAUUCACAAAAGACAGCUAGUUGUGGACUUUGUUGGCCAGAAAAGUAAAUCAGGAAAGUCAAACCAAUCCAAGAUACAAACAGAUGACCUAGAUCCACUAAAGUUGUAUGUGACAGGAUUUGCUAAAACUGCUAAAGUCGGCUCUUUGGAAAAGCUUUUCCCAACAGCCAGGAGCAUAGAUUUCCCAACAAAGAAAAAGACUGGUUUACCUUGUGGGUAUGCUUUUAUAAAGUACGACAAUGCUGCUGAUGCUAAACAGGCUCAUAGCAAGUCCAAGAAUCUGAAGUUGGAUGGAAAGUCAUUAGUUGUACUGUAUGCCAAAAUUGCCAAGUCAAAGCCUGCAAAAAAAGGAAAAGAUGAACCUAAACCCAAAAAUAAAAAAGUAGUGAAAGCAGUGGAUGCCUCUGGUGAUAAGGCAGAUGAGGAUGAAGAGGACAGUGAUGACAGUGAAGAUUUAGAUUAUGAAGGUGAAGAUGAUGAUGAUGAGGAGGAUGAUACUGACGAUGAUGAUGAGGAGGAGGAUGAUAGUGACGAUGAUGAAGAUGAGGAGGAUGAUAGCGAUGAUGAAUGAUGAGCGAAAAACUUGACUGUUUCUUUGUUUUAUCAUUGAAGUACAUGUGGUUUGUUACAGAAGCGCAGAGCUGUUGUUGUUCAUGAAUAUUAUAUACUGUUUGAAUGAGAUACCUGUUUGGCCGCAAUGUAUAUGGGAUGCGUUCCAAACCCCAAAAGUAAACUACAGUUGUGAGAGACAAAAGAGUUGUGCAGAACUGUGAAAGGUAGCAUUUAUGGUUAUAGUACAUUGACAGUGUAUUCAAUGUAUCAAUGUAUUGUAUGAUUUGUCAGCCAUCUGUCUGCAAUUUGUACUUGCGUUAUAUCCAUGCAGUGGUCCUACAUUUCAUUAUCAUAAUUUUACCAGGACCUGUAAAUAACUUAAACAUUCAUCUACUUCUUGACUUGUACAUGUUAUUGUUUGUUUGUACAAGUGUACAAAAUAGGAUAGUAAUGUGAUCUUAAUAGUUAAUAAUGUAAUUGAGGGAUGUAGACGAAGGAUGUGGCAUUGCUCUCACCUGUUCAUCUGGGACAUUAACCGUGAAAUGACCGGGCCAGUAUUUGCCUGUUAAGUCACUAUUUAAUACAAUAUUACACAAAGUACAUUCUAUGCUGAGGUCUUCUUUGAUUUAUGAAAUGUAGCUUUGUCUCCAAAAUCAAAUUACAAAUGUACAAAAAUUGCACUGAAAGUUGCUUUUCAUAUGCGAAAAGGUUGAAGAAUUAGGGUACAUGCAUGCUGGUGGAAUCCUCACUACAAUGUAAACAUGCUUAAAACCACCAAGGUCAUGGAAGACAUUUGCCUGUCAUUGGAAUUCUAAUGAGCAUGUUGUAAGGAGGGUGAUCUGUAUGAGAAUAUAUCAAAGAUAAUACCUAGAA